UACACCGGAAACUGACCGGGAACCGCAGAAGAAGAAGAAGGGGCGGGCGCGGGCGCCCCCUGGUGGAUGUUCGCUGUUGUUGACAUGGCAGUAAGAGAGUUUCAAUGGAGACAAAGUGGGAAUAAAAAAUCUCUUCAGAGCCGCUAAACGGUCACCAGUGGAGGAGGGCGGAGCUUCAUGAUGGAGGACACAGAACUAGAGGCUUCCCCCGUCCCCUCUGAUCAGAACAGCCCCUGCCCCUCCCCCUCCCUGUCCAUCUCAUCCUCCCCCUCGCUGUCCCUCCCCUCAACGCCCUCGUCCUCCUGCGGGGCCCCCCCAGCGGUCACUCCCCCGCUGGGCGUCAUCAGUGAAGGUCUGGGAGAGCUCAGCCUGGUGAUCAACGCUGAGGUGGCCCACCGGGCGUGUCAGGAGGUGCUGCAGAAGGUGAAGCUGAAGCAGGACGACUGUGAAGUCACUGGCAUGCAGAAUGGCGACGGGGUGGAUCCUCAGCUGCCCUCUGUUACUCUGAACUCUGUGGUGAAACCGCUGAAGAUCCGAGAGGACGACGACCCCGACGGCCUCGCCCCCGGCUCGGUGAAGAGUGCCCGGCGGCGACAGAGGCACAAUCCCUCCAAACAGUCGUGGCUGCUGCGCCUGUUUGAGUCCAAGCUGUUUGACGUUUCCAUGGCGAUCUCCUACCUGCACAAGUCCAAGGAGCCCGGCGUCCAGGCGUACAUCGGGAACCGCCUCUUCAGCUUCCCCCACGAGGAUGUGGACUUCUACCUGCCGCAGCUGCUCAACAUGUACAUCCACAUGGACGAGGACGUAGGGGACGCCAUCAAGCCAUACGUGGUUCACCGCUGCAGACAGAGUAUCUCCUUCAGCCUGACGUGUGCCUGGCUGCUGGGAGCGUACUCCUCAGACAUGCACAUCUCCACCCAGCGCCACUCCAGAGGAACCAAACUGAGGAAGCUCAUCCUGUCUGAUGAACUCAAACCUGCAGGGCCUCGAGCUCGCAGGGACCCUCUGACCCUGACGCCUUUCUGUCCUGUGGCGGCUCCGAACGCCGGCCCCGGGCCCCUUGGAGGAGAGCACAGCCUGUCGCCCUCCAAGCGCACACAUCAGCGCUCCAAAUCAGACGCCACAGUCAGCAUCAGUCUGAGCAGCAACCUGAAGAGGACGGCGAGUAACCCGAAGGUGGAGAGCAGCCAGGACGAGGACAGCAGCUCCAGCUCUGACAGUCUGGAGUUUGAGACUGGUCCCCCGGUGCGUCUGGCCCCUCAGAGGGAGUUCAUCAAGUCUCUGAUGGGCAUCGGGAAGCGUUUGGCAACUCUGCCGACUAAAGAGCAGAAGACUCAGCGGCUGAUCUCAGAGCUGUCGCUACUCAACCACAAACUGCCGGCUCGAGUCUGGCUGCCGACGGCCGCCUUCGACCACCACGUGGUCCGAGUGCCGCACACACAGGCCGUGGUGUUAAACUCCAAAGACAAGGCUCCGUACCUCAUCUACGUGGAAGUUCUGGAAUGUGAGAACUUUGAGACCUCGAGCGUUCCAAUCCGAAUUCCAGAGAACCGUAUUAGGAGCACGCGUUCUGUGGAGAACCUGCCAGACUGUGGCAUGACUGCAGAGCAGCGAGCCGGCAGCUUCUCCACCGUCCCCAACUACGACAACGACGACGAGGCCUGGUCAGUGGACGACAUCGGAGAGCUGCAGGUGGAGCUGCCAGAGAUCCACACCAACAGCUGUGACAACAUCAGUCAGUUCUCAGUGGACAGCAUCACCAGUCUGGAGAGUAAAGAGCCGGUGUUCAUCGCAGCCGGAGACAUCAGGCGCCGUCUGUCGGAGCAGCUGGCUCAGGCGCCCACCACCUUCAAGCGGGACCCAGAGGACCCGUCAGCUGUGGCCCUGAAGGAGCCCUGGGAGGAGAAGGUUCGGAGGAUCAGAGAAGGAUCUCCGUACGGUCACCUUCCUCACUGGCGGCUGCUGUCGGUCAUCGUUAAAUGUGGAGACGACCUGAGGCAGGAGCUGCUCGCUUUCCAGGUGCUGCAGCAGCUCAAGUCCAUCUGGGAGCAGGAGCGUGUCCCCCUCUGGAUCAAGCCCUAUAAGAUCCUGGUGCUGUCGUCGGACUCUGGGAUGAUCGAGCCGGUGGUGAACGCCGUCUCCCUCCACCAGGUGAAGAAACAGAGUCAGCUGUCUCUGCUCGACUACUUCCUGCAGGAACACGGCGCUCCGACCACCGAGGCCUUCCUGUCGGCUCAGAGAAACUUCGUCCAGAGCUGUGCCGGGUACAGCCUCAUCUGUUACCUGCUGCAGGUCAAAGACAGACACAACGGGAACAUCCUCCUGGACUCCGAAGGUCACAUCAUCCACAUAGACUUCGGUUUCAUCCUGUCCAGUUCUCCCAAGAACCUCGGCUUCGAGACGUCGGCCUUCAAACUCACCACAGAGUUUGUGGAUGUGAUGGGCGGUCCAGACGGCGACAUGUUCAACUACUAUAAGAUGUUGAUGCUUCAGGGUCUGAUCGCAGCCAGAAAACACAUGGACAGAGUUCUGCAGAUAGUGGAGAUCAUGCAGCAGGGCUCCCAGCUGCCAUGUUUCCAUGGAUCCAGCACCAUGCGAGGGCUGAAGGAGCGUUUCCACAUGAGCCUGACGGAGGAGCAGCUGCAGCUGCUGGUCGACCAGCUGGUGGACGGAUCCAUGAGGUCACUGACCACCAAACUGUACGACGGCUUCCAGUACCUCACCAACGGCAUCAUGUGACCUGUGUGUGUGUGUGUGUGGGUGUGUGGGUGUGUGGGUGUGUGUGUGUGUGUGUGUGCAUGCGUGAGAGCAGCAAUGAACAAAGACUGUCUACAGACUGAGGAGGACGAUGAUCCUCCUGCUUUUAUAAGUCAACAGCAGAGACGAUGAGCCUUUCUCUGUCUGUCCUCCUCUUCCUCUUUUUAUUCUAUGAUUCCACUGUCCUCAUUUUCUUCUUCAUCUUCUUCUUUGUCUUCUUCUUCUCUUGGUUUGUUGAAUGUUUUUGUUUUCUCAUCUUUUCAUUGGAAAAAUUCUGUAUUCUGUUCACCUUGUUUGGUUCCAGCGUGCUCCCUCUUCUCCCUCUUCUCCCUCUUCUUCCUCCUCUUUUUUCUUUUUCCAUAUUUGGGCACAUUUCCGUGAUUGGCUCCUCAGCUGGACUCUAAGCCAAUCAGAGUGUGGCCCAGUUUUAGUUUGAAAUGUGAACACUCAGCAGGUGGGCAGUGUUUUGCAGGUAGGAAGCAGGAAACAGAGACUGUUGCCAUAGAAACUGAAGCUGCUGAUGCUUUAAAGGACCAUCCCAGUGUUUUUUUCAUGUUUUAACUGACUGUUAACCAGUUUGUCCACUUUGACCCAUUAAAACAAACCAGUGUCGACCUGCA